GACUGUUGUAAUUUUGAAUUCCAAAUGCAAUACAUUCGUUCGGGCACAUCUAAUACUUCUUGAUUAAAUUGCGUUAUUCCUGGGAUUACUAGUUUAUACUACAAUUCAAAUACUUCUAAUUAUCAUAUUGGCGUCGCGAUGGAGCCUGUGAUACAACAGUUGGACAUUCAUUCAACUUCUGAAGCUUUUGAGGAAUACCUUGAAAGGUUUGAGAUAUGGAGCAUGACCAAGAAAGAUAUGGAGGGUGACAAAAUUGUGGCACAUUUUCUUACAUUCAUCGGUCAAGAAGCCUACAGUUUAUUAAAAACCUUGGCAUAUCCAGAUAAGCCGACUUCACUCCCAUAUACAACUCUCAAGGAAUCAUGUGAAGUGCACCAGUUUUGAGUGUCGUGAGAGAGCAAAAUUUCAUAAGAUGAUUCGUCAGGAUAACCAGAAGGUUAAAGACUUCAUCCUUGAAUUGCAAAGACAAGCUGCCAAAUGCAAUUUUGGUGAUCAACUUCAUGUACAGCUGAGAGAUCGGUUAAUUGCAGGAAUUAACAUACCAGGUCUGGAAAAGGAGCUGUUAAGAAUGCCGAACUGUUCUUUUCAAGAUGCUAGAACCGCAUGUAUUAACUGCGAAGCAGUGAAUGAACUUGAUAUUAAAUCGAUGAAAAUUUCUAAUACUUUGCUUAGUCGUCAUGAUGAAAUACAAUCUCAGGGUCGAUCAAAUUUGCGUUCAUUUAAUCGUGAUUUCUAUUCUCGUAGAAAUAUGAAAGAUGAUUCAACAAAGGACUGCCAAGGAAGCAACAGAGGUGAGAAUAAUUUUGGUAAAUGCUUAUCUUGUGGCAAAUUUCAUUCUCGUAAUUCAUGUGCAUUUCGUAAUGCUAAAUGCUUUAACUGUGGUGAAGCUGGACACAUUCAGUCAGUUUGUAAUACCAUGCUUCAUUUUGCUAAGUGGUAUAACGUUAUAUAACAGUCCAGAGUUGGAUGAAACCCAGUCAUUGGGAGACGAAAAUUCCUAACCAACCAACUGAUCAGAUUUCUCAUGUUAUUGUACCAAAUAUGGUUUGUCAUAAUGAUUCACAUACUUCUGAUGAAAUUUCCUACAACUCUGAGAAUAAAAUGUUGAAUGAGUCGAAUCAUGAUCAAAAACCGGAUUCACUUUUAGUAGAUGCUGAUUUUUCUAAUGAUCCAUUAUUCUCUAAUAAAACUCUUAAUCAAUUUGAGGAAAAUAUUUCAGAGAAAUCGAAUUCUGAUAUCAUAUCAAGUGUCAGUGGUCCUCACAAUCAAUUUAUCUCUAAUGGUAUUCCUAAUGAAUGUGAAAAAUAUGUUCCAAAUGAGUUGAAUUCUAGUCAUAUUUCUGAUGUUAUUGUGUCAGAGGUUGGAUGCUCUUACGAACAAUGUAUGUUGAAUAGAAUCCCUAGUCAGGGGUAUGAUGAAUCAAAGAGGAUAGCAAAAUUUACCGAAAUAAUCAGAGAACCAGUUUGCACAGAAGUGAAGUUUGCACAGGUAGAGAAUCCAAAUCAAGUCCAAGAUUAUCCUAAUGAAUAUGAGGCAGAUGAAUGUUUUCUAUUCGAUUGUUUCGCAGGUAAAUCAAGCCUAGUUGAAUCACAUGUGUUAAUUACAUAUAUCAAUGCAUAUCCAUCUGUGUAUUCUAAUAUGAAUAACAAAAAGAAUAUGUAUCAUGAUUUUUAUUCAAGUCAAAGUCACAUGAUGGAAUACCUCGAAUUAUAUAUCAGUGUUUAUUCCCAAAUACUCAUAUACAGUAGUCGAUGCGUAAGAUUUGAGAAGAUACUGCAAAUUGGAAAUGUCAUAUUGGCUAAAACAUUGCGACAUAAGGACCCAACAUUAUUUCGUGGGGGAGGAUAUUGUUGGAAAGUAUAUGAUGCAAAUUCUAAAUAUCAAUGGUUUCACUACACAACCGACAUGCCAAUUGUAUACAAUUCUAGAAUCCAGGUGAGUCUGUUCCAAUUUCCGUUGUUAAUUCUAAUACUGAUGAGUGCAUUCUAGAUAAUACAGAGUCUACAUCCAAUACACCAUCGGACAGAUGCAAGAUGAACUUAAGAAGAAGACGAACAAUUGAUUACAGACACUUACACUCCAAUUCGAGCUGUGGCGGAUGUGAUGUUUAAAUAAAUCAAUGACUUGUUUGUAUUGAUGACUGUUGUAAUUUUGAAUUCCAAAUACAAUACAUUCGUUCGGUCACA